GGGAGCCUGAGGUGGUCGUUGUGCCUUUAACGUUGACCGAUAGAGUGAGGUUCUUAUGUGCUGUUUCCGGUGGGGCCGUGAAGUCGGACGAUUUACCUCAGUUCUGUCUUUUUAGCUUGUGUUCUGUCUGUAACAAAGCAUUUGUUACAGAAAUAUGCCCGUCGGAGGGUAGAACGCUUCGGAAAAAUUGCAAUAUAAAGUUUUUCUUUUCUGAAGGAGCCAGAGUCCAUCAUCGAAAGGCGUGGUUAGAACACAAAUGGUAAAUUAGUGGCUCAUUUUUUUAUUUAUAAUAGUAUUAGAAGUGCACCAGAUGUGUUGAAGUACCCCUGAACCACCAGUGUGCCUGAUAUGCUGUUCAAUCCAGUAUAAGCAGUCUGAUCUGAUGCGAAAGGCCAGUUUAGUGAUGUUGAUGCCGUCCUCUUUUCUUUACCCAUAGUGUCACCAGGAGCACUUCGGGUAGAAGGUAAAAUCGGACGAUAGCAAGGCUUAUUGUGAUUUGUUGUGAUCGAAUUAAUUCAGCCCGGAUCCCGAGCCGCACCAGCAACUACUCUGCGCAAACUAGUUAUUUCACAAAUUGGUUAUUACUAGUUGGAGACAAGGAACAAACACAAUGGCCGGAAUUGUGGUUUGGACACGGCUAAGUAGACCAGACCAUCAUGUACGUGAAUACCAUUUUAACCCUCAAUCCAAAGUGGUCAAAAUAAACGAGGACUGGUGAUUUAGUUUACUUAGUUGCUAUGAUAAGUUUAAAGUAUGGCUUGUGUAGCUAGUCCUCGUAAUACAUUUAUUAAGUCCUUUAAUUAAAAUGCAGCCGGGUCUGUUUUGGUUUGCAUUCUUGAUGUGUUUCGGUGAUAGGUUAUGCAUUCAGCUGAAGGAUAACUUAUCUGAUCGGCGAUGGGAGACGUUACGGAGACAGAAGAUUGCAGAAGUCUUUUUGAAUCUGUGUGUGUGUGUGUGUGUGUGUGUGUGUGUGUGUGUGUGUGUGUGUGUGUGUGUGUGUGUGUGUGUGUGUGUGUGUGUGUGUGUGUGUGUGUGUGUGUGCGCGCGCCCUGGCUUUGGGAUUCGAUCGCGUGUCUCCAGCGUUACUUUGACAUUCAGACGCAGGUUCCCCCAAGAAAGGUCUUCGUCUUAUUUACAUGAUGGUGGGGUGAAGGUGGGGAACGAAACUGGAGCGAAGGUAAAAUCGGACGAUAGCAAAGCUCAUGAUGAGCUGGAUCACAUGUUCAUUACCCAUCGGGCAAAACCGUAGCUCAUCCUUCGUGUUUUGAAAGCUGCUCGGCUGACCAGCUCAGCGUUUCCUUCAAUGUUCUGCCGUCGGAUGUCCAGAUGACGGGUUUUCAUUGACGUGCCGGUGGCACGUGGAGCAGUGCGGCAUGAUGGGAGCUGACUGUGGGAGGCAGCUAAACAUCUGAGCCCAUCACCUGGAAAUGGUUCACGAUGGCUCUGCCUGGUUAACCCAGCCUGGCUUCGAUGACAAAAAGAAGCUUAUAGUAAGCGGCUUUGUGAAGAACAAGUACCCCUCCAAGAUCAUCGUCUGCUGCAGGGAUCUGAGGCUCUUCCACUUUUCCCUGGCUUACGCCAAAGAGGAGGACGCCAAAAAGAUUUUUCAAGGGAUUGUCUACCAUUGCCUUGAGCCCAAAUCACUGAAAUGUGUGUUUGCCUACUCCUAUGGUGAAAAGACGCUUUUGAACAAGGAGAACCAAACGAAACCAAAGACUGUAAUGUUUGCCACCUUGGAGGACUGGGCCCAGGAGAUGAAACGGACGAAAGGCAAUUGUAAGCUGGUUCCAAAUAAUGCCGAUUUCAGCGUCUCUGCGAAGCUGCCGCAGUAUUUCAUUGUACCCACACAUGUUACCGAGGAGGAUUUAACAAAAUUUGAUGGGAAAGGGAUCCCGAUUUGGUGCUGGUCCCAUCACAGUGGAUGUGCUUUGUUCAAAAUGGCCUCGUUGCCACUCAUGCAAGAAGAUGCCAGCUCUCAGUUGUACAAAAGCCACGUGGAAGGGAUGCUGAACGCCGUGGCGCAGACUCACCUGUACUCUGUGAAGACGGAGGAGCUGUCCGACUCUCUCCCGACCGUCCAGGACAUCCAGCAGUCCUACAGCAAGUUCAAACAGUUCUUCCUGCUUGAUAAUACUAAUGAUUUCUGGAUGACCGACGUGAAGUGGUUCUCCUCGCUGGAGGGCUCUGGCUGGCUGGACAUUAUCAGGCAGUGCCUGGCCAAGGCCGUGGAGGUGGUCGAGUGCCUGGAGAAGGAGAACACCAAUGUCCUGAUAAUGGAGGAAGAGGGUUCGGACCUCUGCUGCGUCAUAUCCAGUCUGGUCCAGCUGAUGUUCGACCCGUACUACAGGACUCUUGGUGGCUUCCAGAGCCUGAUCCAGAAGGAAUGGGUCGUGGGCGGCCACCGCUUUCUGGACCGCUGCAACCAUCUGCGCCAGAAGGACAAGGAGCAGUCCCAGGCCCCCGUCUUCCUGCUCUUUCUGGAGUGCGUGUGGCAGCUUCAGCAGCAGUACCCCCCUGCCUUCCAGUUCUCCGAGACGUACCUGACGGUGCUCUCCGACAGCGUCGACGUCUCCGUCUUCAGCACCUUCCUCUUCAACUCCCCCCACCACAUGGCCACCAUCUCCAAGGCCGCGUUGGAGCCGGGACAGAGGAGCCCAGUGAGCUGGCCGACGGUUUGGGACUGGUCUGUGCAGUUCGACAGCAGAGCCCAGGAUCUCUUCAUUAAUCCGCUGUACGCAGAACGGAGCAGGCAGGACAAGCCUCCAAGGAAAACGCAUCGUCCCAAGCAUCAGCGGCACCAGUCCCUGCCCAGUUCGGCUUUCAAGUUCUCCCCGUCUGCCAAGAAAGGCUUCUUGAAGGACGAGACCGACAGCCUGAAGAAGAUGCUGAGGGUGAAGCGGCUGAGCCGCUGGAUGAACUCGCCGGACUCCGCCCAGGCGUCCACCAGGGAAUUCUUUGUGGCCUGGCAGCGCAGGCCCCUGGACUACCACGGGCUGCUUCUGCCCUGCCUCGAGGGACCCACCCUGCGCCUCUGGAGCCAGAGGUACCUGCGCUGGAUCCCUGAGGCUCAGAUCUUUGGCGGCGGCUCCAUCACCAUCAUGAAGAAGCUCGCCGACCUGUUGGCAGAGGUGCAGGAUCUGCGUGGUAACCUGGACCGGCGGGCGUGCAGGGCAGACUUCAACCACCAGGGGGUGGUGGCGCGCGCUAAGUCUUCCAUCCAGCUCUCCUCCGCGUUUCCCUUCACGAUGCCCCGAGGCAGGUCAUUUAAGCCAGCCAUCCCCACCAGACAGCUGCGCAGCCUGAUUAUGGACGACCUGGCUGACCAAGAUGACGAAGAGCCGGAGAAUCUGGGUGUCGUUUGAGGACAAUGGCAUCAGCCACGGUCGACCGAGAACUGAGGUGGUUGUUGGUUCUGAUGCACUGUGCCUAAUGUUUUUAGCCCAUGAUGGUCAGACGCCUCGUGUCAAACUGCCUGCCUAACCUCUUGGGCCUAUUUUUGCUGGUAAUUAUUUGCCUGGAUGCACAAAAACUUAACAUUCAUGUACUAGUAUGUAGAUCAGGUCAGUAGAACAUGACUAGUCUGAUUCACUUUUUCUUAUUUUUAGAAGGGUCAGUUUUCGUUAUGAUUACUUGAGCUGGAAUAUGGUCUCGGUAGAAAUUACAUGAGCCAGGAGGCGUUGAACACUGGUCUGUGGGAUUUCCAUGCACGGCUUAUCACGAUGUCCACAAACAAACAGAUUCACUGACAGGGCUCCCAUCAGGUCUGCUGUUGACUCCCCAUAUGGCUUCGCUUUGGAAAUAAUAAGUCUUAAGUAAAUAUAGCCAGCAGGCCAUUUCUGAUGAGCAUGGUUUGUCACUGCUUCCUGAUUGCAUACACAGUAGCUGAGCACCAGGAAGUAGGUAAGCAUUAAGCAUUUUUGUUUAAUUACACAAUUUCAUGCUAAAGGAGCAAUAAGCUUGCUGAAAUUUUACCUACACAAAAAUAUUCUGCGAGCAGAAGGGAAAAUUAGUCAAAGAGAGAACCAAUUAGAUUGUAGAGGAGGUGGGUCCAAGCAACUAGAGAAGGCACGACCAAGACAUCUGAUUGGUUGGUCUUGCCUCCCAUAGUUGCUUGGGUUUGCCUCCUCUGCAGUCUGAUUGGUUAACUCUCUGAAUCAGGAAUUUUCUUCCUUCUGCCCUCAGAACAGUUUUGUGUAAAACUCCCAUGAGGGAACCUAAGUGUGAUGCUAGGAAUCCGACUGAGAGACAAAACAUUAAAGUGACUUUAAGCCCUUUUUGGGUGCAUGUUAAAGCCUCUUUACUUAUUUUGGACCAUUUAUGCAAUGUUGGUGCUCAUUUUUGUACUAUAAGGAUCCUUUUUAUUUUGUAAAAAAUUUCGUUUCAGUUUAACUUUGAGGUUAGAUAUUUAAGACACUAUAAUAUCAUUUUUAGAUCAAAAUAUACAUCACAGGCCUAUAAUUUUGACCUGGACUUACCGAUCCACAAAUCAUGCUUCUUCAUAUCAGCUGUUAUUUCCACGGUUGUUAUUUGCUGAUAGUUUGAGCGUCGGUUACGAGUUAGAUUGGUUAGGAAAGAUAAAGGAUUCCGUGAUGUCGAGUAUGAACAAAAUUGUUUUACAGAAACAAACAAUCCCUCUCUACUAAUCAUUUGGAACAUGAGUUACUCUUUAUACUGAACUUUUUUUGAACAUAUGGAAGUAUUUUUUUCUCUCAUUUUUGACAUAUGUGCAUAUAUCCGCGCACAAAUUACUUUUUCUAACUUUUUUUUCUAUUUUGGAAAAUGUUUUGAUAUGUAUAGUCUUUAUAUGACAUAUAUUUAAUAACUGAAUAGCAAUGUAUAUUUUUAAUUGGAUGUAAAUGACAUGAAGAUCCACGUGUGUUGUUGUCUUAACACACAUUUUCUGAUCAUUUAUUGCACAAUAGUAAUUCAGUGGGAUGUUUCCUUUAAAUGCCGUAUGCCUUGUUUACAUCUGGGGUCACCAAGUUACUUUUCAUAAUCUGAUAAUAAUAUCUGAAAAUGUUGCCGUUCUGCCAUCUCAGGCUGCACUGUGAUGGGUUUGUGAUGCAUUAAUGAAACCAAACCGGUGUGGUGUGAGAUGAGAAAUGAGUUUUAGUGGAGGCCUGAAAUUCAUGUGGUUACAUCAAUUUCUCAACCCAGUACCCCACAGAGGGUCCUCGUUUUUGCCCCCCCCCCCCCCCCGCCCCCCCACCCAGUGAUUUGGAAACACUGGGUUAGAUGGGGAGGGCCCCAGUGCGAUGCUACUCCUGAAAAUAAGCUCUUCCUUGAUGUUCUCCAGAAUAUAUCCAGUCGUCUGCAUUGUUUCCCCACUGACACACUGAAACUGCUCUGCAUGUAAUGUACACUGCUGAUGUAAAAUGAAUGUUGUGUGUGUUUUUAUGCUUCUGUUCUUCAGAUGCAUUUGUUAUUCGGGAUCAAUGGGAGCAGAAUGUGAACCACUUAAAUAAUUUAUCGUUGUUUUGUUCAGAACAAGGUCCAGUUAAGGAACUGAAAGAUAAACUGAUAUAAAACUGUAUAUGAAGCUAAAGUUUGUUUGUGUGUGUGUGACUUCAAGCUGUCGGAAUCUUUUUUUUAUGGUUGCGGGGAGUCCCCACAAGCUGUACAGGGUAAAGCAGAAACUGUCAAAACCUUUAUUGUCUGCCAGCCUUUGUUUCUAUUUUAUUUGGGGCAAAUGUCACAUUAUUGUAAAAGUGCAGUAGAAAUCCUCACAAUGUUGGUUGAACAAAAGUUUAUCUCUCUUCCUGAAUGUGAUUUUAAGUAAAAAAAAAAACAAAUUGUACCAGUCAAAAAUUUUGACACACUUACUCAAAGGAAGGUUUAUUUAUACUAUUUUCUAUGUUUUAUAAUAAUAAUAAUAAGGACAACAAAACUAAAAUAAUAUCAUAUAUAUAUAUAUUAUCCAUUGUGGGUAGGAACUCGGAAGGUUGCUGGUUCAAAUCCCACGCUCCAAAUCCUGUGCUUGGCAGAGUGAUUCUACCGUUUUGCUCUUGAGAAAGGCCCUUAAUGGGAAUAGCUCCAGGGACCUACUGCCUCUGCUCUCUCAAUUGUCUGCUACUACAUCUACUAAGUAAGUACAUGCUAAAUCGUGUAUUAAGGUUCCUUGAAGUACCUGCUUUUUGCCAUGAUGACGGCUUUUUUUAUGAGGCUGUGGUGCUUUCCCAGCUGUUCUGAAGGAGCUCCCACAUGUGCUGAGCUCUCAUUGGCUGCUUCUCCGUCAUUCUCUGCUCAAACUCCUCCCAAACCAUGUCUAAUGGGUUUAUUUCGGGUGACCAGGUCAUGUGAUGUGCCACUCCAUCGCUCUCCUUAGUAGGAUGCUUGGGGGUGUGCUUUGGGUUGUUGUCCUGUUGAGUAACAAUGCAGGUAUGAUGGGAGGCGUGUCCAAACUUUUGACUGGUACCGUAUCUUUGGUCGAGCCAUUCGGAAAUGGUAGAUAUCAGCUGCAUUUUCUGGAAUUUCAUCCUAUGUCCUGUUUACAGAAUUCUGAUGUUCAUUAUUCAUAAACCAAUUUUCACCAUAAGUAUAGCCUUUGUACAGAAUUAUAUAUAGGUGUAAAGUUUCAGUUAACUUUUCUAUCCUUACUGACAUUAUAUAUUAAUAAAACAUGUAAAUAAAGGCUAUUUUUGUACCAAGGACAGGCAUUAACACAGGAGCACAUAAUGAUAUCAUGUUCUGUGUUUAAUAUUCUUUUGAUUUGGUUUCUCGUUUGAAACGUCUUUCUUUGAGGGUUUAUUUUUUCAGAUGUAAAGAGUCUCUAUACUGGGUGAUUUAAAGGGGAAUUUCUGCCCAAAAUAUGUUUAUUCUGUGCUUUGCAGUUUUUUAUUACCGUUUUUUUUCUUUGUUAAAACAGAAUGUUGGCUGUUUUUUUUUAUUAUUAUUUUAACGAUUCCUUCUGAAAUUAAUAAGGGACCAUCUUGCCUCGAUGUUGAUUAAAUGUCCAUUGAAAAGAA